AUGAUACUCAGGUCUUUUAUUGCUCUUCUCGCCACUGCUCAACAAAUUACAUCGCAACGGAUGGUACUUGUCGAAGGCAGCCAACCACGGAGACCGUCGAGGAUGUUUAGGAGCCAGCGAAGACACGACGAAACAAAAGUGUACGAUGAUGACAGCGCAAACCACAUCAUCUAUGCCCCACUGGAGGGAGAACGAGUCAUCACUAAGGGAAUCAUUUACGUCAACGGAAAGUCAAAAACGGAUGACCAGCUGUACCAAACAAUGCUGGCCGGAGAUUCCAAUAAAGUAACUGACGUUGACCCUUUCUUCGUUACUGAACCACCACGAAGGACUACGCUUGCUAUAAAAAAUGAAAUAUUGGACUCCUUGGAUUCCUAUGAUCAGAACGAUUAUGUUCCGAGCACAUCGUCUCAAGCGACAACGACCACGAAAUAUCCACUUCGUUUGGUCACAAUACCUGCGCGAACAACAACGCCUUUGCCCCCUUAUAAACACACAACACGUCGCCCGGUUGCAAGGUUCAUGGACAGCAACGCUACGAGGGCACCGGUUAUAGAUUCAGAGUAUGCGUCACCAGCUUUGAGAUUUCCAGCCCAACCAUGGCAAAUUCCUCCGUUUCCACCUCCUCUACCACCUCCUGAUGUAUUGAGUCCUCAUCAAUAUCCAUUGAUUCCGCCUCCCAAUCCGUUCCAGCCAAUAGUUCCUGCAAGAGAGUCCGAUGUUGUCUACCCCUACGUUCCUAUCGACAAAACCAGCAUGAAGCCGCCACUCUCUCCCACAUUAGGGAUCUAUCCUACAGCAAAUAAUGUUAGAAGUAACGUACUAGUCCAUAAGUCUUCUCCACGGCAAGGCUCCUACGUUCGUAAUCGAGAUAUUUCUGCCAUACCACUUCCAAGCUCAAGAGGAAAUGCGUACGUGAAUGUCGAUGGAGACCUGCCUAAGAAAACGGAUCCUGAAAUCGACUUCUCUUUGGAUAGUGAACCUGUAACAGUCACGCGAGAUACUGUUGUCUUUGCAAGACCAUAUGCCACUCCAAGACAAAUUCAUAUACGAUCUAUCAGUGAACCAUAUUUGGAAGAACGUGGCGAGCAGCAAUCUUCUGAACAGCUUCGACUCUUUGCUCGGAAUCAUCCGAAUGUUUUGAAAUCCAUGACGAAACAAAUUGCGUUUAAAGACAAUCACAUGAUUCUGCCUAAGUCCGCCACUACAAACGUCGAGAUCCCGUCUGCUUCAAUUGCCAGAACAAGCUUGACACCAAAUGAAAAGCUAGACCUGUGCUGUCGAAAACGUCGUGUCAAUCCCGGCUGCCAAGCAAUGUGCAAUUUUGAAGCGUUGAACGAUAGAACGUUGGUUUCCGCAUUCCUCACAAACAUUUGCCCAGGACCACAACAACGUGACGCAUUUGAUUGUGCUUCAUCAAAGGUGGACCACUCAGCUUGCUGCGAACGUGCCGGUCUCGGAACAUUUCUCGAUGGUCGAUGCUUACCAUUUUGUCGAACCCACGAUGGCAGCCAUCCGCUGAAUCCGCUAGAGUUCAUACCAUGUCUUCAGGUCUUUGAACAUAUCAAAUCAUGCUACAGGGAGUACCAGACAACUCACCCAAAUAUUUUUGGAGAUUAG